GCUAAAAUAUAAAAAACAAAAAUCCGUUGGUAAAAUAAUUAAAACAAAAUAUAAAACAGAAGAGGAAUUUAAGCGCUGGCGUUUUGUCAACCAGCAAAGGGCCAAGCGGCAAUAAAAGCGUACAAGUGGCUGCAACAACAUCCAAAAGCCAACAACAACAACGAUAACAACAACAAUAAGCAAGCAGGCACCCAAUUUCCCAGCAACAACAAAAAGAAGAAAGAAAAAAGUGCGCAGGAGACCCAACCCAGCAAAACCCCUUUGAACCUCAGGCCGGAAAACGCUUGUUUCGACAAGGCAGUGACAAAAACAACAGCAGCAGCAACAACAACAACAACAAUAGCACACAGCUCUAUGCCGACACCAAGAUGAGAUCCAACAACACCUUGAAAGCGGCACCCACGCCCGCGCCCAGACAGCUGUUGCUCCCAGCGCUGAUUCUGUUGCUGGCGGGCAGCAGCAGUGCCCAGUGCCCUUGGCAACGAGAUGUGCCCGAGCUGCAGGCCAGCUGCAUAUGCGCCUACAAUCUGGGGCGGGAGCUGAGCGUGCAAUGUGAUCAGGUCGAGUUUACCCAACUGCUGGAUGCGAUGAACAAAUAUGCGCGCCAGAAGCCCGUGGAUUUGCUUUAUGUGAACAACGCUACGAUUGAGGAGCUCACGGACGACGUGUUCAGCAAUCUGAGUCUGCACAACGUGCAGCUCUCCAGCUGCGGCAUCAAGCGGAUAUCAAACGGCGCAUUCGGCGGGCAGGAGGAGGUGCUCAAGAAUCUCAAUCUGCAGGACAAUCAGCUGAGCGAGGUGCCCGUGCAGGCGCUGCGGGUGCUGUCCAAGCUCAACCUGCUCGACUUGUCGCGCAAUCAGCUCACGCAAAUCCCGGACGGCGCCUUUACGGGCCUCACCAAGCUCUCCACGCUCAAGCUGAACGACAACAAUGUGACCCUGGCGUCGGCUGCGUUCCGCGGCCUGGAGCAGAGUCUUAAGAAUCUCAAUUUAAAGGGCACAAAGCAGCGCCGCGUGCCCGAAUGCAUUCGCGGUCUCAAGAGUCUCGCGUUUCUGGACCUAUCGCAGAACGGCAUCAAGGAGCUGCCCGGAGCGGGCGGCGUGCGCGUUUUUGAUGGCCUGGACUCGCUGACGGCCCUCAACAUGGAACGCAAUCUGAUACAGAGCAUUGCGGAGACGGCGUUCGCGGGUGUGAGGAAGACGCUGAGCUCGCUGAGUUUGCUCAACAAUUUGCUGGCCGAGUUCCCCAUCGGCGCCGUGCACUCGCUGAAGGAGCUGCGCGUGCUGGAUAUUGGUUUCAAUUUGCUCACUGCACUGCCGGAGGCCGCGUUCCGUGGCAAUCCGAGCAUUACGCUGCUCGCCCUCGACGGCAACCCACUGAGCACAGUGCCCGAGGGCGCCUUUGCCCAUUUGAAUGCGACGUUGCGCGGCCUCUCGCUGGGCGGUCGCUUCCUCCACUGCGACUGCAAGCUGCGCUGGGUGGCCGAAUGGAUACGCAAUGGCGACUUGCAGGUCACUUCGCGUGAGCGCAAUCCACAAUUUUGCGGCACUCCGCCGCGCUUCCGUGAUCGCGGCUUUUACUCCAUACAGCCGGAGGAGCUCAGCUGCCCAGAUAUAGCCGACGCGGCGCUGCGUGGUCCCGUCGGUCUCGCCGACAACCUGCGGCCCACGUUUCCCACAUCCCCAGACUCCAUAGAGUUUGAAUCCGGCUCGGCCACAGGCACAGCCAGCGGCACAGAAGCCGGAACGGGCGGCAGCAGCACAGUUCCAACAACGACAACAACCAUUUUAGUCUCCCCAACAACAGCUGCAGCGACUACAACAACAACAAAAACGACUGCAGCGCCCACAACCAAAACAAGUGCCUCGACCACAGUCAGCACGACGCGUCCGUCGACAGCAGCAACAACCAAGGCAAGCCCCUCGCCCACGGUGGGCGUCAAUGGCACUGGCAGCGUCCAGGCCACCGCAAUCAGCGCGACAGGCAGCUCCAGCAGCAGCAGCUCCAUAUUGCACACGAGUGGGAAGCAGGCGCCCGCCUGGCGACAAGGCGGCAAUGCCAAUGGCAGCCAGCACAAGCCGCAGCGACCGCCACUGGUGCUGGGCUAUCCGCCGCAGCGCGGCACACGCAUCGACGACGCCAACGAGGUGCAGGUGAAGAACGCGUUCCGCCAGGACAGCUCGGUCAUCAUACAGUGGGACUCGGAGACGGCCAACAUACUCGGAUUCCGUGUGGUCUAUCGCCUGUUCGGCGAGAAGGCCUUCAAGCAGGGCCCUCCACUGGAGGCCAGCGAGCGCGAGUUCAAGAUCAAGAACGUGCCCGCCCAGGAGUGCAUCAUAGUGUGCGUCAUCUCGCUGGAGGAGCUGCAUGUCACGCCCGAGACGGUGCCCUAUCAGCAGUGCCGCGAGGUGCGCACUGUGGCCUCCCAAACCUCCAACAUGGACAAGAUCACGAUAGCGGCCAGUGCGGCCAUUUGCGGCACCAUCAUUGUGGCCGUCAUUGUGUUCAUUGCGGCAAGCAGGCGCUCGCGCAAACUGCAAAGCAACCAGCAAAAGAGUCCGCUGCCAAUUGGAGGCUUGCCCGUUAAUUGUUGCGGUCCAACCGGUUCGCCAGGACCACUUGGCUCCAUUGCCACGCUAUCGGCGUUUAACAAUCACAAGGAGUGGGAUCAAGUUUCGGCGUACAGUGGACGCUCCAUACCACGGCCACGCAUCUAUCCGGUGGAGCAGCCGGAUGAUAUGCGAAGUCAUUUCUCGGGCAUGCCUGGCAAGGUGGCCAAAUCGAGAAGCAUAGCCGAUGGGCAAUCGCAACACAGUUUUUCGAAUAAUUCACAUCGCGGCUAUUUGGGCAGCGCCUUUCCCACAAAUCUGGUCAAUUCCCGCCCAGAGCUGCGUCAAUCGCGUCAAUCGCUCGCAGCUGCCUCCGAGCGCAUGUCACGUGCCUCCUACGCCGGCUCCAUACAUGGCGGCAACGGCGGCGGCGGCGGCGGCAUGGGUGUCCCACUCAAUGGCGCCGGCAGCUUGAUGGGCAUGAGCGGCCUUGUGGGCAACGGCGGCCCCGCCAGCAUUGCCUCCAGCAAUGCAAGACGCUCGCGUCCGCGCUCCAGAUCACGCGAUCAGCUCAACACCACGCACAUUCAUAACCAUCGACCGGGAAGUCGAUAUUCGACUGCUGGGUCAACGCACACGCUGAACAACUAUUGCGACACAUCGGACAACUGGACGGAUCAUGACAUGGACAUAUACAUGGCGCGCAACCCAACAACGCGCAACGGCUUGGUGCCAUUAUGAGGGCGACUUAUGUUAUCCUGAUAUU